AUGAAAUAUUUUUUAAAGUCUAUAAGUAGUGUUACUGACGUAUUUUUUUUAUCUAACAAUUGGGUUUCCCUUCCUCUUGAGUUGGACCGCUGUAUUUGCGCUUCCUUCUUUCUCGUUCGCCCGGCUAAACUAAGAAAAGGACCCACUUGUGUUGUGAAUAGUGUGGGUGCGUACGUGUCAUUUGUUUGUUUGCUUGCUCCUUUCUUUCUUUCUUUCUUUCUUUCUUUCUUUCUUAAACGUUUCCUUUUGACUUCAACUGUUACCUUCUUUUUCUUUCUUCAUCAUUCAUUCUUCCUUUCUUUCUUCCAUUUUAUAUCUCAUUCUUUCUUUUUCUUCAACUCUUUCUUUCUUUUUCUUUUUUCAUCACUCAUUCUAUCUUUCUUUCUUCCAUUCUCUUCUUUAACCUUGCUUUUCUCUCUUUCUUUCUUCUUUUCUUUCUUUCUUUCUUUCUUUCUUUCUUUUCUUCUUUUUUCUUUCUUUCUUAAUUCCUUUACGUCUUCCAUCCCUUUAAUCUUCUUUCUUUCUUUCUUUCUUUCUUUCUUUCUUUCUUUCUUUCUUUCUUUCUUUCUUUCUUUUUUAAUUCCUUUACUUUUCUUUCUUUCUUUUUUCUUUCUUUCUUUCUUUCUUUCUUUCUUUCUUUCUUUCUUUCUUUCUUUCUUUUCCUUCUCAUCCCCCCUCCAUCUAAUUCUCACUUCUCAUUGGUCGAUUCUUUUCAUACCUCACACCAAGUCAACAGUUCUCCUUCCCUUUCUUAUAUGUUCUUCUCCGCUUUUAAUACGUUUUUCCAUUGCCCUUCUUAGUUCCUCCCAAUUUUCGAGACUCUUAGCCAACCUCCCACCCACUUCACUCCAUCACUCAUCAAUUCACCACCACCAGCACUGCCGCCGCCUUCAUUCCGUCAGUCUCUUGACUUUCAUUUCCCAGCUCGUAAACUCGCAUCAGCCAGUAAUAGUGUCGACAUACAACUAUGAGUACACUUAUUAUUUCCCUUGCUAUCACUCGGAAUAA